AUGAACGAAGCACGCGAGAGCUUUGUGAUCCCCGAGGAACCCAUUUCGAUCCAGACGGCGGAUGCGCCGACUACGCAGGCCGCUGCACAGCGCCAGCGCGAAGCCGCGCAGGCCAAGGAGCCGCACGUCGCGGAGCACGCGAGCGAGCGCCUUGUGCGCAAGAUGCGCCGCACGAUGCUCGACGACCUUGCGGGCCUCGCAAGCACACAGACGCGCCCGACGUCCUUCCGGCCGUACAAGCAGCGCUCGCAGCCGCUCGAGCCGAACCAACUCACACUGUCGCACCUGCUCGCGGCGACUGCGCAGCUCGGUCAUGCCAAGACGCAUGUGCAGCGCUCAUACGAGCCGCUGCUGUACGGCAUGCGCCACGGCAUGGCGGUGAUUGACGUGGAGCGCGCGACGCUUCCUGCGCUCCGCCGCGCUGUCCAGGUGGUGCGUGGCAUUGCCGAGAACGACGGCAUCAUCCUCAUUGUCGGCACGCGCCCCGACCUGCAGCCCGCGGUGCGUGCGGCGGCCGCGCGCCUCGGCGCAAACGGUUUCCACGUCAGUACCGACCGCUGGGUGCCGGGCGUGCUCACCAACGCCCCGAAGCUCCUCGCCCCGGCGAUCCAGCACAGCGCCUCGCGCAACGCCGACCAGCUCGACGGCGAGGAGGCGCCGAACACCGCCAAGCUCGCCUCGCAGCUGUACCAGCCCGACCUGGUGAUUGUUCUGAACCCUACGGAGAAUGUACACGCCUUGCGCGAGGCGACGCAGUGCAAUGUGCCGACGAUGGCCAUUGUCGAUACCGACGUGGACCCCCGCUCGGUCACGUACGCGAUCCCCGCGAACGACGAUUCGCCGCGCGUCGCCGAGCUGGUCCUUGGCGUGCUGAGCAAGGCCGGCCAGGACGGCCUGCGCCGCCGCCAGGCCGCCAAGGAGGCGUCCGAAAAGCGCGAGCGCUCGCGCCGCCGCCGCGCCAAGCGCGACUAA